AUGAAGGAUGACGAAGCCACACUGGCCAAUGCUAAUUGUCAUGCUAAAGACCAGUCGCUCCAGAAGAGCAGCCCGGAGAGCGCGACUUUGCUCACUUUCUUGCGGAGCCACGACAACCACGACAGUCAAUGCCUGGCAGCUCUCAAAGAACAAGCGGGGGUUAUUGAGAUUUCACUGUUGUUAAUGAGCAAGGGGCCAUGUGACGGCCACGAUGUCAUCGUCAUGCUCACGUCACCACUCUUCUAUUCAACACAACCAUACAUUUUGUUCAGUCUGUCGGGCGUACCCAUACCUCGGGAGCUGGAUAUUGUGGUGAUGUUUCUCCUUCUGCUGUUUGUGGUCAGGAAAAUUAGUUGGACAGCGGACCAUUUCCUCCUGGAGGCCGCCGCGCAGUUUAUUGAACCCCUGGACGACGGCUCGCUCACGGGCCAACGGAGCCAGCCCCGUCCCGCCUCACCAUUCACAUCCAGAGUCAAGAAGAACUGCACGCGUCUAGGCCGGAGCAGAAUUUCCUCUGUGAAAGAGCAUCUCGAACUUGCAUGUGGUGACGCCCAUAACAAGUUGCCAACUGUCCCUAGUCGCGGCGCCAAAAUUGAUGCUGGCAAGUCCACUUUGGCCGGAGUUGGAAGAGAAGACCAGUGCGGUGUGAGACACGCGACCCAGUUACGGAAACUCGUUCGUGUGACUUUUGUUAUCGGAGAUGGGAAUUACAUUUCACCAUUGGAUCAAGUCAUUAUACGCAGUCCUGUGGCUGAGAAUGUGGGCAGUUUGGAUGGGAGCGCUGUAUACGUCAUAGCCAUAAUUAGCCAUGUUGGAAACAAAUACCAGGUUGUUAACGUAACAUUAUGCCCGACUUUAUGUUGUGUCUUCGCCCUGUUUUCGAUGGCAUUCACUCGUAUGCCCUGCAAGAGCACAGCUAUGGCAACGACUGUCUCUGCCGGAAACACUGGUGGUAUGCAGCAUGAAUCACCCGAAGCCAUGAACUCAAAUGUAUUGUUGCGACACAUUUGUUCUUUCGCUGGAAACCAAGAUUGGUUGACGUUCAUGAAGCACCCUGAACACAGUGUUACAAGAUUCAGGAAGCCCUGUCUCUUCUUCAGAAAAGAUCAAGGGCUAAACCUGUUCUUCGUCAACAACUGGCCUGAUUUCUUCCCACGGUCCGUAAUCAACGCACUUCCCUGCUACUUUACUUGUGUAUUCAUCCAAGCAGCCCAGAGGGGCCAUGAGCUCUUCGAAACGAGAGGCAUUUCACCCGGCUUAACUGUCAUGCUGCAGAAAAUUUGUGAACAAUCGUCCCGAGAUCGCCAGUAUGAGAUCACUGCUUACUUGGGCUCACAGCUUGCAGCAAGCUCCACAAGACUCACGGUGUGCCAUACUCAUAUGAAGAUGAAUCUCAGAGUGAAUUACAUCUGGAAGCAGUGUAUUUCAGCCGCUCAUGAAGGCAAAAAACAAUUCAAGGAGUCUUCGUGA